CUUGCCGAGCUCCAGCCGAAGGAGAAGGGGGGUAAGUAAGAGGUCUCUAUACCAUGGCUCGUACAAAGCAGACUGCCCGCAAAUCUACCGGUGGUAAAGCACCCAGGAAGCAACUGGCUACAAAAGCCGUUCGCAAGAGUGCGCCCUCUACUGGAGGGGUGAAGAAACCUCAUCGUUACAGGCCUGGUACUGUGGCACUCAGUGAAGUUAGACGUUAUCAGAAGUCCACUGAACUUCUGAUUCGCAAACUUCCCUUCCAACGUCUGGUGCGAGAAAUUGCUCAGGACUUUAAAACAGAUCUGCGCUUCCAGAGCGCAGCUAUCGGUGCUUUGCAGGAGGCAAGUGAGGCCUAUCUGGUUGGCCUUUUUGAAGACACCAACCUUUGUGCUAUCCAUGCCAAACGUGUAACAAUUAUGCCAAAAGACAUCCAGCUGGCACGCCGCAUACGUGGAGAGCGUGCUUAAGAAUCCACUAUGAUGGGAAACAUUUCAUUCUAAAAAAAAAAAAAAAAAUUCUCUUCUUCCUGUUACUGGUAGUUCUGAAUGUUAGAUAAUUUUUUUUCCAUGGGGUCAAAAGGUACCUAAGUAUGUGAUUGCGAGUGGAAAAAUAGGGGACAGAAAUCAGGUAUUGGUAGUUUUUCCAUUUUCAUUUGCGUGUGAAUUUUUAAUAUAAAUGCGGAGACGUAAAGCAUUAAUGCAAGUUAAAAUGUUUCAGAGAACAAGUUUCAGCUGUUCAACUUUAUAAUAAUUAUAAAUAAACCUGCUAAAUUUUUCUGGACAAUGCCAGCAUUUGGAUUUUUUUAAAACAAGUAAAUUUCUUAUUGACGGCAACUAAAUGGUGUUUGUAGCAUUUUAUCAUACAGUAGAUUCCAUCCAUUCACUAUACUUUUCUAACUGAGUUGUCUUACAUGCAAGUACAUGUUUUUAAUGUUGUCUGUCUUCUGUGCUGUUCCUAUAAGUUUGCUAUUAAAAUACAUUAAACUAUAAAAAAAAA